AAAGGGUGCCUUUUGCCGCUGAACUUCGAGUCCUCUAUAUCCCCUUUCCCGACUCAACACUAGUUUCUCUGCAAAUGGCAACUUCAUCAUCGACAACAACUUCAACCAUAAACGAUGAUUUUUCAGUGUUUGUGUUGGCAUCCGAUUUGGGAAUCGACGCAACUCCCUUUUUAACCGAACCAAAUCAAACAGAAAUAGAAAUAGACGACCAAGAUAAUGAAAACUGGCACGAUUGCUCUCAGUAUCUCUUGCCCGACGAAGAUUUCUCUGAUCUCGAUCUCUUGCAAUUCUUUCGCCUCCAGGGCUCCGAUAAAUCCGGCAACCGUAUCUUUCUUGUCGUCGGCAAGUGCUUUCCCGCUCAAAUUAUCAGUGGGGAGAGACUAAAGAAGUAUAUAUUUCAUAAGAUAUGCAGUGAGUUACCUGAAGGACGAUUCUGUAUUGUUUACAUGCAUAGUACUGUGCAAAAGGAGGAUAAUUCUCCUGGUGUUACUAUCUUGAGGUGGAUAUAUGAAGAACUUCCUGCUGACUACAAGGAUAGGCUUCAAGCUGUGUACUUUGUUCACCCCGGGCUCCGCUCAAGGCUCUUUUUUGCUACCCUUGGUCGGUUCUUCUUAAGUGGAGGUUUAUAUUGGAAGAUCAAGUAUGUAAACCGUCUCCAGUACCUAUGGGAGGACAUCAAAAAAGGGGAGAUUGAGAUCCCUGAGUUUGUGAAGAGUCACGAUGAUAUUCUGGAGCACAGACCGCUGACAGAUUACGGAAUCGAACCGGACCCUUUUUACUUAAAUGAAGUGCCCACCACAGCUUACUCGCUGGGGAAGUAUGAAGAGAGAUGGGCGUCAAGAGAAUAUGCAAGUUAGUGUCAUUCUGAUGUAGGUCUAAUUCAUGUUUGAGACUACCAAAAUUGUGUUGUUAGUGUUAAGCUAAUAGAAAAAGCAUCAAGUUUGUACAGAAUGUAAUUGCUCUUGCAUUUGGAUUCCUGUUUCAUAAACGGCAGCUAGUGUGUCGAGAAAAACAGAGCGAUCCUACAAAAAUGGAUGGUGUAAGAUAUGAUAUCUUUGCAGCUCCUUAUGAAGUAACUUUGAACAUUAGUGUUAAUGUCUCGAUCUUUUCGUCAAGACCCUGAUAAGUAAGAAGGCCAAACCUACAGUUCAUGUCCCAUCACUGAAGCAAGAGAGAAUGCUGGGAUUCUGUUAGAGGUUUAUUUGCAUUAUUAGCAGUGUUAGACCUGCUGUGAAUCUGUUUGUUAUGCAGUUUUAAUUAUUUUACAAAGCUGUUAUUUUUAUA